AUCCCGAUCAUCUGAAAGUGUGACUGACGUGGUGACCAAGUUCCGCAACGACAUCACAUCUCCAAUACAAUCUCCCAGCAGCUCCAAAACUUCCCCGUACUCCAGUUCAACAACACAAUUACCUGCGCUCCUGAAAAUACCCGCCCGACCGGACCGCUUCCCACCCGUUGAAGUACACGCAAAGCGCCGAAGACAAGCCACCAAAGACAAUGAACACUGCGCAAUCCCUCCCGCGAUUCCUGCUCCCACGGUUGAGCUGGCAGGGUCCUCUCUCGCCAAACGUACCCAGAACUGUUCCCUCCAUCCUCCUACAAGCCGCCCAAGAGCAACAACCACGAACAUGGCAGCCCCUCUGCUCUCCAAGAUCCUUCCACUCGAGCCGGCCGACUGAUCAUGCCCAAUGUACCGCACCGAGCAACAACAAGCCGCGGUCCCUUAACACCAUCGCCCGCAACCCGACUCUAAGACGCUCGUUCCAUGCUUCCGCGGCACGAAGGCGCGACCACCACUUCGACACACUCAAGUUCGUCCAGCGACUACAAGAAGAUGGGUUCACAGAAGAGCAAUCGGUAGCCAUGAUGAAAGUCCUAAACGAUGUAAUCGAGGAAAGCAUACAAAACCUGACCCGAACCAUGGUCCUCCGCGAAGACGCCGCCAAGGCAACCUACACGCAAAAAGUCGACUUCGCCAAGCUGCGCAGCGAGCUGCUGUCGGCCGACAGCACCGAGUCCAACACGACGCGGGCCGCCCACGAGCGGCUGACCAACGACAUCGCCAAGCUCAACAGCCGGCUGCGCGACGAGAUCGGUCGAACCCAGGCUAGCGUCCGGCUCGACCUGAAUCUGGAAAAGGGCCGCAUCCGCGAGGAGGCUGUGUCGCAGGAGCUCAAGAUCAAGGAGACGGAGACCAAGAUUGAGCAGGAGGUGGCGGCGCUGAGGCAGCAGUUGGAGCAGGUCAAGUUCCAGACGUUGCAGUGGCUGAUGGGUGUUUGCACCGGUUUUGCCGCGCUGCUGCUUGGUGCUUGGCGUUUGUUGAUGUGAGGUGGGCACCGGGAAGGUGGGAGGGAGUUUUUGUUGUGUUUUGGGACUGGAGUCUUUUGUUGCAUGGGAGAGAGUUGUUGUGAUACCUACGGUAUAGCCCUUGAGUGCUAUGCUUGUUUGCUUUGAUUACCAGAGAUUCAAGGAAUAACUUUGUCACAACUACCACGUUGGAGCCAGGCCCUAGUUGCUACUCACGGUCUGAGUGUCUAUCAUUUACAGCGGAGAAGGUAUGAGAGCCCACGACCAUGGUUCUUGUGCUUUACUCAAACCCGAACGGUCACGGACAAAUGUCUUGUACCCAUAUGCUUCUGGACUGCACCAACCAUGGACAUCACGAAUCAUUGUUGACAGUAUUCUCCAGACCUAGAGC